AUGCAGGUUUACACAGAUCAUCACCCAUCAUCAAAACUAUGAGCCAACGCAACUUUUCUUCUCUCUCUCUCUUUCUCUCUCAUUUGUCCUCUAAAAUUCCACAUCCAUACUAUUCAUUUUCUGGGUUUUUGUUCCCUCAUUAUCUCCGCCAACUUCACCUUCAACUUCACCACCACCACCUUUGCCACCACCGCCAUCUCCACCUCGUUCAGCUCAUCCUCUUUUAUUAGAUCCCUUGACAUGACAUUAACCCAUGAAAACACCAUAACCAAAUUUUACUAACCACAAACAAAUUCCAACACCUUUUUUUUCUUUGAAACAACUUUUGAUCAUAUCGUACGCAUAUUUCUGAAGUGGGUUUUGUUUUUGUUGUGUUUUGUUUGUGCUCGUGGCUUGUCUUUAUAGACAAAGAAGAAUUAAAAAAAAAAAAGAAAGAAAUAAUCAGUAAAUGGGAAAUGUAACGUCUAAUGUGGCAGCGAAAUUCGCCUUCUUUCCCCCAGACCCACCAACCUACGAUGUAUGUAGAGAGGAAGAUGGGAGGCUGGUGUUGCCGAGGGUCUCAGCUGACAAGAACAUUGACGUACAUUUGUUGGAAACCAAAGGCGGGAACAAGAUUGUGGCCACGUUUUGGAAACACCCUUUUGCCAGGUUCACCCUCUUGUACUCCCAUGGAAACGCUGCUGACCUUGGCCAAAUGCAUGAGCUCUUCAUUGAGCUCAGAGCUCAUUUGAGGGUCAAUAUUAUGAGCUAUGAUUAUUCAGGAUAUGGGGCAUCUUCUGGCAAGCCAUCUGAAUUCAACACGUACUGUGACAUAGAGGCUGUGUACAAUUGUUUGAAGAAGGAUUAUGAAGUUAAGCAAGAAGAUUUGAUCUUGUAUGGCCAAUCUGUUGGAAGUGGACCUACUCUGCAUUUAGCUUCUCGUUUACAGAGGUUGAGAGGAGUUGUUCUUCACAGUGCGAUCCUUUCAGGCAUACGGGUCUUGUAUCCUGUGAAGAUGACGUUUUGGUUUGACAUUUACAAGAAUAUAGACAAAAUACGGCUUGUCAAUUGUCCAGUUCUGGUUAUACAUGGAACAAAUGAUGACAUUGUUGAUUGGUCUCAUGGGAAGCGCCUAUGGGAACUUGCCAAGGAAAAGUACGACCCUUUAUGGGUCAAAGGUGGUGGCCAUUGCAACCUUGAAACUUAUCCCGAGUAUAUCAAGCACUUGCGGAAGUUCAUGAAUGCAAUGGAGAAAAUAUCCAUUGCGAAACCAGCAAAGCAGCUCACUUCUAAUCCAAGCAUUGACAUAAAACAGAACAAGUGCUUAAGAUGGAAAAAGGCAGCAACUCAAGAGUAGUUCAUUAAUACAGAUAGUUUCAUCGCAAGAAGAAUCCAUAUCCAAGAUUAAAUCUGCUUGCUUUGUGGACUCGGCAAUUAGCAGCAAGCAUGUUACUGCCUGGUAUGUUUCUACAGAUAAGGAAUUAAUCGCAAUUACACCUUGUAUGUUUGAUCCAAGUCCUGUUAAGAUAAAUUUUUUAGGCUGGGGAGCUUCUAUAUCUGUCUUUGAAAACGAUGUUCCUAAUGUUGUAUUGGAAAGGUAACCCAAAUGUGCUUGAUCUGGGUUUCUUGUAUAAUUUAACAGAGUUGUUGUGUGUAAAAUCUGUUUCAGAAAAGCAAAUACAUGAUAGUUCCUUUUGUUUCUUUUGACCA